AUGGUAUCUAAGACACUUGUCGCUGCGAUUUUCGCAGCUUCUGUUGCUGCGGGGCCUUGUAAGCCCAAGAGUCUUCCCACGGAUAUUUUCUCUUCUACCCAGUCUAUUGUCCCAACGACGCCAGUUGAUACUACCACCUCUGGUCAAACUACCCAGUCAGAGGGCGCUUCUAGCACUGAAUUGACAACUCUCGCGGCUUUGACCACAACUUCUUUUGAAGAAUCCACACAGACGACAGAAGCAGCCUCUACCACCACCUCUGUCGGGCCCGCUGGCGAAGCCAUCAUCCUUCAGAUCAACCAGCAGCGUCGCCUUGCGAAGCGAGAUGACACAUUUAUUGGAACCAACAACCCUUCCUCUUGUGAUCUCGCCACGGCGUUUCGCAUCACCGAUGAGCAGUUUCUCCAAGACGGAGUGCCUAUCUACUACGAGGGUAAUGAAUACCAGGAGCUUGCCGUUCAGGGUACUCCACCAGCCGAUGCAGUGACAAGAGCCUUCUCGGUCGAUGGAGGGUAUCUUUCAUGGACGAACGCGGCUUUCGGAGAGGCAAGAUUCUGCCAGACUCCCUCGGACGGAAAGGUCUACAUCUUCUUUAGUUCAAAGCCCACUGGCUGCCAAACAGUUACGCUUACAGCGUAUAAACAGAGUCAAUGCCAGAACGGUCAGAUUGUUGGCGAAGAGGCUUCCAGUGCCCAGAGCACUUUGGUUGAAGUGACCAGUUCCGUUGAUGGAACUAGCUCUGCCGAGGUGAUUACGGAAGAGACUACUACCUCGAACGAAGUGACUUCUCAGUCUGUUGAGGAGACUUCUUCGACCGGAGCCCCCACGACUACUCAAGAGGUCACUUCUUCUGAGACAGCCUCUCAAUCUGCUGGAAUUACGUCUUCCGCGAACGUCUGCUUUGCAGGUCUGAGCGAUCCAAACGGUCAACCAGACGUAGACAGUCGCAUCAGUGACUGCUCAGCUUACAACACUGUGACAGUCAGCCCAUUCGCCUCGACUUCGACUGUUUUGAAGAAGCGAGUGUACUACCAGAUCCCUACAGCUUGGGCCACCCGUCAGCCCAAGGUCACCAAGCGUGCUGAUGACCCCACUGAUACAACCAUUUUCCCAACUGAAAUCCCCUCUUACGCUACAUACUGCGACUCUCCUGAGGAAUAUUAUGAGGCUUGCUCCGAGGCUGGAGUCACUGCGUUCACAACGACACUUCCUGAGCCUGACGCUACAACUACUACACAUAUCUCUGAUCGCUGCGCACCUCUGUCGAAGAUGAAGAGAGGUAUUGAAUAUCUGGGCUACACUGUAUCUGAAGAUUGGGAUCGUGCAAUCUUUACUGGAGUUGUCCUACAUGAAAGAUUCCAUGACUAG